AUGCUCAAAAGUGAAUGCAAAGGUUUUUCAUCAUGUCUUAAUUUUGCUUCCCAAUGUUACAUGCUGGGUUAUUCUUCCACCUUGCUACCUGAAGGUACGGGGCAGGUACAAGCGUUUGGAAAACAAGGAAAAAUUUAUUCUCGCUUACGAUCAUUGAGUUCAUCAUCGGGAUCAAAGGUCGAGACAAAAGAAGAAGUGUUAGAUAUGGAUUCUUCUUCGGAAUAUGAUCUACUUGGUCAGGUUCAACAAUUGGUUUUUGCAUCGGGAAGUAAUGAUAGGAAUAAUUGUUUGAUCGAUUCUGAUGAGCUCCAUGACGAGAUGAAAGAGUUUAAUGCCAAAAUGAACUCGAGAGUCAAUGCUUCUGAAGUGUAUGAUUUGAAAGAGAAAUUAGGUGCUCAUUCCAAAUCAUCAAGAACUGACAACGAUGAUACCAACACUGAUGAUGAGAAUGAUGAUUCAGACAGCAGCAGUACUACAAGCACAGAAAAUCUCAAAGAAGUCUUUGAUUUCAAUGAUUCAACUGCAUUGACAAGGUUGAUUCCAAUUCGUAUACCCUCACGCAUUGGAAACAGACCUUUUCGAGUGAAGAAGAUUGCAUGUCUGGAAAGUGGAACGAUUAUACUCAAUGAGUUUGAUUCGAAAGUGUUUGUGAUUGGAGAGAUUGCUGACGGAAUGGAUCGGAGGACGGAGCUCACAGAAAUUUCACUCAAGUACUUGGACCACUUCGGAUGCAAGAACCAAGUGGAAGACGAGCGUGUGGUGGAAAUUUUCACAGGCGCUGACUUUGCAUUCUUUAUCACCGAAGGCUUAGGUUCUCAAAAGAAUUUAUAUUCCUAUGGGCAAAAUAGACAAUUCCAACUUUCACAUCCAUCGAUUUCUCAUUCAGAAGUUGAAGAGGCGAUUAGAGUUAACCCAAAAUAUUUCAAUUACGAGAAUCCAUCCAUGAUUAGUUGUGGCUCUCAACACGCGAUACUUGUGACUGAUAUAGGUAAUAUUUACUUUUGUGGACGUUUACACAACUUCCAAUCCACGACCUUUAUCAGUUGUAGAAUUUCAACCAUUACCACUGGGUGGAUGAGAGAUUUCUUAAUCUCUAAGAACAUUUACUUGGAUUCAGACUACAACAACAUGAUAGAAAAAUUUGAAAAUUUUAGCAUUAACCCAAGUAGCUCUUCGAUGCACAAUAGCCCAAUUGUCGUGACAAAGAAAAAUAACUACAAAAUAUGGCAAAUAAUCAAAAGUAGAGAGAUACAUACAAUUUUCAAAAACUGGAUUCACAGAUACUACACCUUACAUUUUCCAAAAGACGAAGAAAAACGAAAAAAACAGGUCCGCCAAGAGUCAGACUCUGAAUCGGAUUCGGAAGAGCCAGUGACAACACCUCAGGAAGAAGCGAGUCAAAAUACUGCAGUGAAUGAGCCAACAUCUUCCUCAGCAACCCAGACCGAGAAUACUAAUACAGGUGAAGCAAAUUCUGAGACCGAGAAGGCACAAGCAUUGCUGUCACCCUUGGACAUUCUUUCACAAAUAAUUACUGAGCACUAUCAGAAUCUCCAGCCAGAAUGUGAAAAUAAUGUAAAAUCUUCUGACAUUUUACAAUUGUUGAACCAUGCAUUCAAAGUUGAUUAUUACGAAAACGUCAAAACUAAUCCCACUGUCUCUGGUACUUCUUUGGAAACUAUUUUUGAGCGAGACUUCCAAUACGAAGUGUUAACAGAAAUUAUUACAAAUAGCCUAUUUUUGGAAAUCAUGCAAAAGCUCUUAACUGAUGAAUGCAUAUUUGAACGUUCCAUAGUAGAACAGUUUGCAUCCAUGUCUACUAUUGGUUUUGCAAAUUUCAUUUACGAAAAGCGCAAUAAUCUUGUGAUUUACGAAAAUACGUACUGCUAUACACAAAAAGGUUUUCAUUAUGCUAAAAAUUUAAUGAACACAUUCUAUGAGUCCAUGAUAUUAACCAGUUGUGACAGAUUAUAUCACUUCCCUGCACGAGGCAUUUCCCCUCAAAUGCUGACAUGGAAUUUAUUGGAUCCUUAUAUUCAAAUUGGUCCAAAACAGGCAGAAACAUAUAGACACCGAAAUGGCUUCGACCGUGUGUUGCGAGAAUGCUACACUCCUGAUUCGUCCAUGAUUGAUCCCUAUCUAUCUGCGGUUGAUGACGGCUUUUUGACCGUGUUUGACAUGUAUUGUGACAUUUUCUAUGCAACAAGCUCAGAAUAUUUAUGGUAUGACAAGCAUGAGCAAACAACAGAUAUGAAAGACAAUCAAGAAAUAAUUUCCCAAUUACGCUCUAUUCAUAAUCCAUUACCAUAUGAUAUUGAAAUUGAGCUCAAGAAGAAGGAUGAUGGUCAUGACAUUUCUUUUUACUUUAACACUCACAAAAUUAGAAAUAGAGGAAAUAUUGCAACCAUUCAACGUGUGUCAGAGGGAAUUGUAAUGACCACACUCGAUCGGAAAUUGUAUACUUUUGGUUCUAAUGCUUAUUCUGAGUUAGGAGAAGUUUCAGUGGUAGUGAACUCGGCUCAUUUCAAUCUGAACGAACACAUGACUGCACUAGAACCUGUGAAUGUGUUUUGUGAUCAAUAUGCAAUGGUGGUGGAAGGAAAGAGAGCCUGGUCACAUCAACUUGAUCCAAAAUGGUUUGGCAACAUUCCUCAAACGAUCCUUUUGAGACAACUUCUAACACCAUUCCAGUACGGCAGUGAAGAAGAAAGUAAGGUAUUUCCUAAUACUUUUUACUUUUCUGGAGAUAGCUCUGGAGCUCGCUCGAUUAACGACUAUGAUGACGAUGGACGUAAUAAUGACCAAGACAACGAUGAUGUAGACCCAAAAGACAAAACCAUAACUGAGUUAUUACACAAAGACUCUGAAAAGAUUGUUGAGUUUCCACACUUGUCACUUUUAAGAUAUCGAUACAUGCCCUAUUUGCACAAAUUGAAAAUGCAUAUUGUAUUUGGAUUGGACUUUUUCAUUGUUUAUUUCACUCUAGAUAAUGGCAACACGGCAAAGCGCAUUAUGGCAAACAAGCUCUCACAACUAGUGAAUUCAGACAAGUUGGCAGAUUGUACAAUUUUCCUUACCAAUACAAAUUAG